AUGUCUUCUACGAUGCCUGUUAAGAAAAAGGCUGAGAGUUCUACUGAAUCAUCUUCGGGAUCGAGUUCGGAUUCUUCAUCAGGGUCUUCAUCAUCUUCGAGUGGUUCUGACUCUUCGUCUUCUAGUGAUAGUGAAUCUACCACCUCUCAGGAUUCCAGCAAACCACAGUCUGGAACAGAAAGUAAAAAAACAGCAACAGUACAGAAAAACCCGAGAAAAAGUACAGACGACACAAAAUCGACCCCACAAAACAAAGUGAACGAAAAACAUGGCGUGAAAUCAAAACAUGCGCCUGCUAAAGCUGCAAAGCCAUCACAGAAACCAGUGGAAGAGACCAGCGAAGAAGAUAACGAGAAAACUGAAAAAAGGAAAAAGAAGGCUGCAGUGAAACCAAAAACAUCUGCUACUGUUGUAACUAAGGCCCUAGCAGGUAAACUUAAUGCACACAACAAACAACAAGCACCUAAAACGGGUAAAACACCCCCAGUCAAAAAAGAACAAUCCAAUAAAAGUAAGCAAUCCAGAAAUUCAAACUCCAGCAAAAAUAACGACGCAAGCAAAAAGAAAAGCAUAUUUUCGCCUGAGAAUAGCUCUGCAGAGUCUGAUGCAGGUAAAGGGGAGGGUAAACAAAAAACACAGGGUAAAACCCCUAAAGCUAAGCCAGAACCUAGACCCAAAGCAAAUGCAAGGACAGUGGAAAAACCUAAACCUAAGAAAGUUGAAAAGCCGCAACCUAAAUCCAAGGCCAUUAUUAGCUCUGCCAGUUCAGCUUCAUCCUCCACAGCUUCUAGCAGCUCGGACAGCGAAAGCAGUGCAGAAUCUUCGGCCAAAGAGGAGAGAAAGGUUGUGAAGAAGCCGGUGAAAAAACCCACGGUGGUGCCUAAGGAGAGCGUUGUUAAUUCCGACUCGGAGAAUGAUAGUCCCGGCAAGAAGCAGGUUACCAGGAAGUUGACUAGGUCUGCAAGUACGAGGAAGUCCAAGCAUGUUUUGGGGAAGAACGUUUAUUCGGAUACGGACUCGGAUACUGAGAGCACCAAGAGGUCUUUGAGUAGGUCGCCGGUCAAAAGGGCGCCGGUUUCCACCACCAAAGGAAAAACCAAGAAUAAUAAGAGGAAUGACGCUAAAUCUAGGAGCGAGUUGAUACAUGUGGAGGAGAGGAAAUGCCCUUUGGAAGGGUGUGAUAGUUUGGGGCAUUUGACUGGGCUGUAUGAUAAACAUUUUACUUUGGAGGCUUGUCCUUCGUACCAUAACUGUACGAUAGCUUUCUGUAGAGAGGAGUUGAAUGAUCGGAAAAAAAGGGAGGAGCAGCGCAGGAAGGCUGCGGAGUUCCACAAGAAAAGCCCCAGACCGCAUGCUAGUCAAGAUCAGAAGAACUAUCUAAACAAGAUAAGGGAUUUGAGGGCCAAAUUCAAGGCCGAGCCAAUGGAGGAUUCCAAGCGUGUUGUGGAUAAAACGCGGGAGCCCGAUUUGACGAACUUCGUUUCCGAGUACGAUUUGAAGUUGUUCAGGGACGCGCAGGCUCUGGCCAGCGAGAAAAUCGAGGAGGACCUGAAGCUGCAGCCGAGCACCAAGGGCACGAAGUACAUGGAGAUGGGCAAGUUCGAGAUGGAGGUCUGGUACCAGAGCCCCUAUCCCGAGGACUACGCUCGCCUGCCCAAACUCUACAUCUGCGAGUACUGCCUGCGCUACAUGAAGUCGCGCACGAUUCUCGAGAGGCACGUGUACAAGUGCGUUUGGAGGCACCCGCCCGGCGAGGAGGUCUACCGCAAGGAGAAGAUCAGCGUGUGGGAGGUGGACGGGAAGCGUUACAAGCAGUACUGCCAGAACUUGUGCUUGCUGGCGAAAUUUUUCCUCGACCACAAGACCCUCUACUACGACGUCGAGCCGUUCUUGUUUUACGUGAUGACGAUGGUGGACAACGAGGGGUGCCACACGGUCGGAUACUUCAGCAAGCAAAUGAAGGCUAUGGAGCGGCGGUAUCACGGCUUCUGGGAUGCAGCCAUGAUGGUUGAUUACAUUUGGUCCCUCAUACGAGAAACGGAAUACGAAAUCAACAAAAAACAAAGAAGGAGCCACAGCAGCAGCGGUAGCAGCAUCGCGAUGCGUCGUCUGGCUUUUCAAUGGGGCCGCACGGCUCUUGCUUUGAUUGUUCCCCCGGCUGAAAGCGAACACGUAGCCAGGUAA